AUGCGAACAACCGAAAAAAUGUCAACCAACACAACAGACUUCAAGUAUCCUUCGGGCCUGAAGUUUGCAUUGCUCAUGAUAUCAACAUUCAUUGGCAUGUUCCUUGUCGCAUUAGACAAACUCAUUAUCUCAACCGCCCUACCUGCAAUUACCAAUGACUUUCAUGCGACGAACAACAUCGGGUGGUAUGGAACGGCAUAUAUGUUGACAAACUGCGCCUUCUUGCUGGUAUUCGGGAAAUUAUAUACAUUUCUUAAUAUCAAAGCGACUUUCCUAACGGCCGUAGUCCUGUUCGAGGUAGGAUCAGCUAUCUGUGGAGCCGCGCCAAACUCAAUCACUUUUAUCAUUGGAAGAGCGAUUGCUGGCUUGGGCGCUGGUGGUGUUCAAUCUGGUGUGAUCGUUAUAAUUGUCUACGCAGUGCCUCUGCCAAAACGACCGCAGUAUCAAGGUCUAUUCGGUGCCGUAUAUGGCAUCUCCUCUAUAAUCGGCCCACUUGUUGGUGGUGCUUUUACCUCCAAGGUCACCUGGAGAUGGUGCUUCUAUAUCAACUUACCUUUGGGUGGGGUCGUGCUCCUCUUCGUAUUCUUCCUACUUGAUGUUCCUAGUAGCUCAACUACAGCGAAGAACCUUAAGCAAAAGGUAAUGCAGUUGAAUGCCGAGGGCCUUUUGGCUCUUCUUCCCGGGGUCGUAUGUUUAUGUUUAGCACUGGAAUGGGGUGGCUUUACAGAUCAGUGGAACAACGGACGCAUACUCGCAUUGCUCGUUUUGGCCUGUGUACUUCUCAUCGUUUUCAUUGUGAUACAAAUUUGGCAGCCUGACCGUGCGCUUGUACCACCACGUAUCUUCAUUCAACGCAGUAUCGCUGGUGGAUUCUGGGUAAGCUGCUGCGUCGGAGCGCAUCAGACACUGUUGACGACGCCAGGCUAUUAUCUUCCAAUAUGGUUCCAAGCCAUUAAAGACGAUUCGGCUGUUCAAAGUGGAAUACACCUCCUACCAAUGGUCAUUGCCUUAGUCAUUGCAUCAAUUAUCUGCGGGGUCCUUACAUCUAAAGUCGGGUACUAUACGCCCUUCUUGAUAUUUGGAAUUUGUACAGCGUCAAUUGGAGUCGGUCUUCUGACCACAUUUCAUGUUGAUACAUCGAAGAGUUAUUGGAUUGGAUAUCAAAUAUUGUAUGGCUUCGGUUUGGGAGCAUGCUUUCAAGCACCCAGCAUGGCUGCACAAACGAUACUACCCCGCAAUGAAGUGUCUAUUGGCGCUUCUUUGAUGCUAUUCGGGCAAACUCUCUCUGGUUCUAUCUUCGUCUCUGUUGGCCAGAAUGUCUUGGACAGCCAACUAGUCAAGCGACUUGCCAAUAUCACAACUAUUACCUCUCAGCAGGUGCAGAAUUCUGGUACUACGGGGCUUUUCAGCAUAGUUCCUGACAAGGAUCAUGGUAAGGUACUGGAAGCUUAUAAUGGUUCCCUUUGUGCAUGCUUCCGAGUCGCUCUUGUACUAGCCUGUCUUACUAUUGUAGGUGGAAUUGCUAUGGAAUGGCGCAGCGUUAAAAAAGAAAGGGAUACCUCCGCUUCCCAGUCGUGUGAUGAGCAAGCUGAAUCUGGAGAUAAUCUUGACAGCAAGGAAGGUGGCUCCAAUGGAGAGAAGAAGCAAAGAGAAUACUAUUGA